AUGGCCUCGCAGACGGACGCGAUUGUCGAGCGGCUCCUGGGGCGCAAGCCUCUGCCACCACUGGAACCAGGCAGCAAAGUGUGGGACACGGAGCUGGCGCGCGCCAUCGCCGGGCUCGACGAGCACCGUUUCGUCAUUGCUGCGCUACACCUCGCCAACGACGACAUUGACGCCUGCCACAGGAUAGCGCAGGCGAGCGAGGGGGACCCGACCGCAGACCUGCUGCACGCGACGCUUCACCGCCGAGAAGGCGACUACUGGAACUCGAAGUACUGGUACAGCCACGUCGAGGACAAGCACGCCCUCGCACGCGCCGACGCCGCGGCGUUCGUCGACGCGUGCGCGGCGGCGGCGAAGGGCAAAUCGGGCGGCUCCAAGCUGCAGCAGCGGCAGUGGGACGAGCUGCUCGAGCUCGUGCGGUGGACGCGGGAGAACUGCGCGCGCGGGGAUACGGGGGGUGCAGACGACGAGGCAGAGCUGGACGAGUAUUGA